CCAUCUCACCCGCACACGCCCAACGAUGCGCUGUCUGCUGCCUCGGUAAUCGCAGACAUCCACUGGACCUCUGCAUCCAUACAAACCACGUGACCGCGCCAGCAUGUCCCAGAACGACCUGUUCCUCAACCUCCUGCGGCCCGCAGUCCUCCACGUCCUGCGCGCGACAGGCUUCCACUAUGGCAAACCCUCUGCCGUCGACACAGUGGUGGAUCUCACAGCGCGGUAUUUGACACUACUUGCUGAGCGCACCGCAUACAACGCAUACUCAAAUCACAACGACCUGAUACCCGACAUUUCCGAUGUGCGCAUGGCAAUGCAGGACUGUGGUCUGCUAGUGCCGACCAUGACCGCUGGCGAGGAACUCUGGAAAGAGUAUCUGCGGAAGCCGCUGGAAGAAUACAACGGCGAAUCUGGCGCACGAGAGAUGGAAGAACGCAGGCGCGAUGCUGAGGACACAGCAGACGUGACUGAGUUCAUAGAAUGGGUCCAGGGCGAGCAGAACAAGGAGAUUCGACGGAUAGCAGGCACCUAUAAGCCGGUUGCCACAAAUCCUACGGAGCAGCUUGACCAGCUGGAGAUGGAGGACUACCUGAACACACUCAUGAAGAAGCACAGCAAAACUGGCGUCGAAUCCCGCUUCCAGGGGACAGUGCUCGGUAUCCCAUCAGAAAGCAAGCCAGUGAAGAUUGAAGGGGGGCCAGAUUCGAUCGAAGAAUGGAAUCGCAAGACUCGCGAAAAGGCCAUCAAGGCGGCGGAGUCAAACGCAGAGAGCAACGGGACACCAGCGAUGUCGAGACAGCAAUCGGAGGACGUGGUCAUGGAAACGGAAUGAAAUACCCAUCAUUGGAUCAUCACAGCAUAGCGAAGGCGUUAGGACGGAAUUUCUAUCAAUCAGGGAGGUAUGUUCAGCCUUAAAGGGGCAUCGGCAUCUUACGCAAAUGCAAAAGU